UGCACGAUUUAUUAGGCUGAUCACCACAACGAGGAUACAUUGAGUAGACGUCGUUAUUUGGAAAUGAAGAAUAAUAUUUCGAUUAUCUUUGGAAUUAAGGAACAGAUUUGUUGAUGGAAAUAUCAAGCACAAAAGAGAAAUGAGACCCUGGAGGAUCGGAGGGUGGAAAUGGGCAGCGCUUUGGCUGUUCGGUUUCUCUUUAUUGUGGAAUACAGUUGGAGCGCAGAUUCGCUACACAAUACCUGAAGAGUUAAAGGAAGGAUCUAUCGUUGGGAAUAUCGCUAAGGAUCUUGGGUUGGACAUUUCAGGUAUCGCCGAGCUUAAGUUACGGAUAGCAUCCGAGGCCAAUAACCAAUAUUUCAAUGUAGAUUCAGGGAAGGGUGAUCUGGUAGUUAAUGGAAGAAUAGACAGAGAGACGCUCUGCGGACAAAGCGUCAGUUGUCUAAUGCCAUUGCAGAUCGUUAUUGAGAAUCCAUUACAGAUGCAUCGUGUAGAAAUAGAAAUUCAAGACAUUAAUGACAAUGCGCCGAUCUUCCAUACGAAAGAUGGUACGUUAAAAAUAUCUGAACUGAUUGCUCCAGGCGCACGAUUUACCCUUGAAAUUGCCGAAGACCUCGAUGUUGGUGGCAACAGCUUAAAGACAUAUUCACUGAGUAAUAACAAUUAUUUUCGUCUUAAUGUAAAAACUCUAAAAGAUGGAAGAAUAGUACCAGAGCUUGUGGUUGAUAAACCUUUAGAUAGAGAGAAACAGUCCAUUCACAAACUAAUAUUAACAGCUCUAGAUGGUGGUAAUCCAGUCAAAUCUGGCACAUCUAUAUUGCAGAUAAUUGUUCAAGAUAUCAACGACAAUGAACCAAAAUUUGAAGUUGAUUCAUACAAAGCAUCUGUUCUAGAAACAGCCAAUGUUGGCUCAAGUGUGAUACAACUAAAAGCCACUGACUUAGAUGAAGGUCUCAAUGGUGAAAUACAGUAUUUAUUUUGUGCGCACACGCCUGAACAUGUCAGAAGUGAUUUUAGUGUUGACGCUGAAACCGGUGAAAUCAAAGUAACUGGAAAUCUAGAUUACGAGACUAAAAAAUCUUAUACGUUUGAUGUCUGUGCUAAAGACAAAGGUAAUCCAGAGCUAGAAGGACAGUCGUCGGUUCAGAUAGAUAUUAUAGAUGAGAAUGACAAUGCUCCAGAAAUUAUCCUGACAUCUUUACCGAGUCCAGUUCCUGAAAAUGCGACAGUCGGAACUGUGGUGGCUUUGAUUAACAUCAAGGAUUUGGACUCUGGUAAUAAUGGCAAAGUUGAGCUAAUUGUCUCUCCGGGUGUUCCUUUUAAAUUGAAAUCCUCAUUUCUUAAUCAUUAUUCGUUGAUAACGGACUCGUUUCUAGAUUGUGAAUUUAAUUCUGAAUAUAAUGUAAAAAUAGUGGCCACGGACUCCGGUGUACCACCUUUAAAAUCUGUCAAGACUGUCAAUGUAAAAGUAUUUGAUGUGAAUGACAAUCCUCCAGUAUUCUCACAGUCGUCAUAUAACGUUUACAUAAAAGAAAAUAAUCAGGCAGGUGCUUCAUUGUUUUCUGUAUCUGCAUCUGAUAUUGAUCAAGACAAGAACGCAAUACUCACAUACUCAAUUCUAGAUUCAAGUACAAAUCAAGUUCCAGCAUCAUCAUAUUUUUAUAUUAAUUCUGAGAAUGGAACAAUUUACAGCAUGAGCUCAUUUGAUUAUGAGAAAAUGAAACUGUUCAGUGUUGUAGUUCAGGCUCAAGACCAUGGCUCUCCAUCUCUGAGCAGCAACGCCACAGUUCAUGUGUUUAUUCUGGACCAGAACGAUAAUGUCCCGGCUGUUAUUUACCCCUCAACAUCCAUGGGGUCUAUUUCUCACCAGAGGAUGCCCCGUUCUGCUAAAGCAGGACAUCUUGUAACUAAAGUAACAGCAGUGGACGCUGACUCGGGUCACAAUGCCUGGCUUUUUACAGGCUCGCAGAGGCCACGGACGCGUCUCUGUUCAGUGUGAAUUUACA